CUGCAGAAACCAGACUUCGUUUAUGUAUAAACAUAUAAGUAUUUUUCAUAAGGGCUGUUUUAUAAGUAAUUUAUUGAAUUCAAGUAAAACAAAAAGUCCAAAGACAAUCCGGUUUUUCAGCCUUUUGAUCGUCCAAUGUAAAGGAAUCUGUGGGCACACCUUGGCGGUCACGAAGGCGCUCGAUGUCUUGUGUGAAUUAAGAUAACCGGCUUGUUGACACAAUAUUGGAUCUCGGACAGGGAGCGUAUCGCUUCACCACACUGGUGACAAUCAGUUAAAAGACAAUCAGGGCUCAGGAUGAGGCGAGCGCAGGGCUGAACAGGGCUCUGAGAAGGACAUACUGUAGUGGAGCUGGAAGUCGGCGCAUUCUUUCGAUGUUGGAGAAGAAUCGCUUGGGAUGCGGGGUGAUCUGUAAUGCGCUCUGACUGCAGUCACCUCCUGGGGGAGUGAAGUGGGAAACGGCAGGCAUGUCUACAGGGGAUAACAGCACGGGGGCCGGCAGUGACGAGUGUCCCGUGUGCUACGAGACCCUUAAGGACAACAAAAGGACUCUGAGCUGCGGACACGGCUUUUGCCACGACUGUCUGGUCAAGACUCUGGUCGGCGCCAACAGAAGUGGGCACAUCACCAGGCACAUCAUCUGCCCCAUGUGCAGGCACCUGACGUUCCUCACCGAACAGGGGGCGGACGUUGUGAAGGUCAAGAGCGCCAGGAAGGACGCGCAGAUUUUGGAAGUUACCCUCUCUCCUCCUCCUCCGGUACCCCCUUUCCAUCACCCCCUUCCGCCGCAAUCACCGGCCCGCCACGCCGCCGGCCGCGCCCCCCCGCGGGCCGGUGACAGCGGAGCCAGCCGAGCCGUGAGGUUCUUCCGGAGGGCUUCGUCGAGAAGGGUCAGCUCCCGACCGCCCGGCCCUGCCCCCACCCUCCAGAUUUUCACAAUCACCAGCCAGGGCCGGCCCAUGGCGGACGAGGACGCGGUCAGCGUGACGGCGGUGACCAGCGUGAUUCCCGUCCCAAGAAGGCGAAGUAGACUAACGUGCGCCACAGCGCGAUGGGUGCUUACGUGUCUCGUUGCGGUAAUCGUGGCGGCUGUGGUGAUAGCGGUUAUUCAAUGUACAAUGUGGAGAUAGCUCACGUUUUCAAUUCCCCCACCGCUGCGUCCUCCACUAACAUCACAUCCUAUUCUGAUGCGCCGAUUUCCCUUGAAAGCCGUAAAGCUGUAAAGCCUGAUUGCUGUGAAAGUCACUAUACAAGUGUUUGCUCGUUCUUUCCCCGUUAGCACAUGCAAAAAGGUGCAUCUAAUGACGGCCAAAGGCACUAAGAAGUAAAUUCGUUCAUGCUGUACCUUCAAACAACCUUUUGCUCCAGUAAAGUGUGUAUAAACGUGUGGUCAUAAACGUGAUUUUCUUUUCAGUUGAUUUAUCUGGUUAUGGGAUUAGAUACAAAGUGGACAUAUUGAGAUUUAAAAAAAAAACCUCCGUCUUGGGUAAUUUUCCACUUAAGAAUCGGACAGGAUGAAACCACUCAUUGCACUUCCUUCAGUAUUUCAUUGUCUGUCUCGUUGAGAAAUAUCCGUUUCAGUAUCUGUCGUAAUCAUCGCUCGUUCUGUGAAGUUGACCAAGUUAUGAUGGCAAUGUACUUAAUUACAAUUCCGCUUUUAUUUAAUUAAACAAUAGCGAUGUAAUAUUACUAUAAAUUAGGGCUUUUUUUUGGUAAAUUAUUCAAAAGAUUUUUUAAAUAAAUCCUUGGGUGUUUAAAUGUUUAUUGUUCGAGGCGUACACAUCUGGUGGUAUCUAUUUUGAUAGAAAACGGCUGUGAAAUAAAAAAUCGUAUUUUUUCA